AUGGUGUCAAAGUGCCUUUCCUCUACAUUCAGCGACGUCGACAACAAUUCAGAACUGAUUAGGGCAGCUAGAGAUAGUUAUGAAACUGAUGGAAAAGAAAUUGUUAAAACUCUUAUGUCCGAUGGGUGGGAGAAUUUUUUUGAUGAUCCGAACAAGAUUUUUCGUGGUGGUGUUGAUGCUGUUCGGUUGGCCUGUCAAAAGUAUUGUUUGAAGUCUGGGUAUCGCGUAACAAAGGUGAAGAAUGAUCGUGAAAGGAUAAAAAAGUAUGUUGGGAGGCACACUUGUGGAACUGGUGUGAAGUUGAGAAGUCCUAAAGUAUCGAAGAAGCUGGUACACAAUCUUAUUCAUGAUCGGGUGAUGCACAACCCACUUAUCAAGCCUCGCGAAAUUGAAGAUUAUAUAAAAGUUGGUGCUGGUGUUAAUAUCAAAUAUCACCAUGCAUAUCAUGGUUUAGAACAGUCACACCAUGAAAUUUUUGGGAAUGAUGUAAAGUCUUACUCUGAUCUGGUUUGGUGGGUGAAUUCAUUGAAAGAAACAAAUCCUGGCUCUUAUGUGGAUUUUCAGUUUAACGAUGCAACUCAGACAUUUGAAAGGUUAUUCAUUGCAAUAGGCGCUUGUAUUGAAGGUUAUAGACUUUGUCGACCAAUGAUUUUUGUUGAUGCAACUUUUCUGACCGGGAGAUUUAGAGGUACCCUUAUGGCUGCUACUUGUCUGAAUGGGAAUCAAGGUUUUUAUCCGCUAGCCUUUGCAUUGGUCCCAGAAGAGGAUGUUGACAAUUGGGAUUGGUUUAUGCGCAAUCUUAGCAACAUUGUUGAUGACCGUCCUAUCACCUUUAUGUCUGAUCGUCAUGAAGGAUUGUUGAGGUCUAUUCCUAAACACUUUCCUACUUCCCAUCAUGGCUAUUGUUACUACCACUUGCAAGGAAACUUACCAAUCAGGAAAUCAGACGAUAAGUACAAAGAAGUUAUGGCUUGUUUCAAAAAAUAA